CAUAUGAAAAUUUACCCUAUAUGAAUCUUGCACUACUAGAAAUUCACCAAAUUAAGACGAUAUGAAAUUAAAUAAAGGAGAAAAAAAUAUUAAUAUUUCCAAUCCAAAAUUCGUUAGAAAUCUUAGCGCCAAGUACCGUAUAAUAGCAAGUCCGGUCUAAAAUCCCCGAUUUCCGACGUGAAUGUUCGUUGGAAAAUAUAGCGAAUUUCUAGUAGUGUUGAUAAAUUUAGCUGCUAUUGAUUAUUAAUAUAGGAGAAUUGUCAAGAAAGAUUGUAAUAGUUGGAGGAAAAUAAAAAACAGAUUUAGUAAAUUAAAAAAAGGGAAAAUUUAGUUAUCUCCACAUCUUGAAUUACAAUGGUCAUUGUCCUACCUUGAGUUCUCUCUAUCCAAUUCUCCCCAUUUAUCUCUCAUUAUCUAGUUUUUUUAAGACCUUCCUAUAAUUAGCUUUUCUCUCUCUAUAUGAUAGAUAAAAGACUAACCUCACUUACUAUAUAUCAAUUUCUAGUGGUGCAUUUUCUCACUCCUUUGACUACUUUUCUCAUUUAGUAUAUUUACACAUAUAUAUCAUCAGCAACUCUCCUACCAUCAAAGCUUCCUCACUUUGUGUUUUUCGCCCUAUUUUUCCUCUUUGUUUUUUUUUUUCUCCCAUUCCUCCAAAUUUUUCCUUUUUUCCUUUUGUUUUCUUUUCUUGCUUUUCAUUUCACAUAACUUUUUUGUGCUAAGGGAAUGUGGGAGGCAUUUGAUGGUGGAUGAAAGGAGAGUGCUAUGGCCGAGGCUCUUGAGGAAGUGGUAAGUGGCCCCUCUAAGGACCUCUUCCACAUCGUUAAGGGCAAAAGAACCAAACGUCUUCGCCUUCAAUCUCCAAGUAUCCCUUUCGCCAUCACAACAUCACAUGAUUCAUUAAACGCAUACGACAAAGAUAGUAGCGACGAUGUAAAAGACAACGUCCCCUGCAGCAGCAACAACAACAUCGAUAAUAAUAAUAUCAAAGACGGUACCGGCAAUGGAGAAGAUAUUGCCUGCAACAACAACAACAAUAUCGAAGGCAUUGCCUAUAGCAACAACAACAACGAUGAAAUUCCGUCCUCAGCCGCCUCGUCUGAGGUAUUUAUCAACACGUUCACCGAGGAGGAGGAGGAAACCGCCAAGUGUCUUGUCCUCUUGUCCAAAGGCAGUGAUGAUUAUCCUCGUCCUCGUAGGUUUAUUACAAAUGACAAUAAUGUUGAUUUUUUCAACGAUGAUUUAAGGUUGUACCAACCCAAAUUCAACAGUAAAAGGUACAUUGAGACGUCCACCAAUUCAGUGGAUGGUACAAAGGCAGGAAUAUAUGUGUACGAAUGCAAGACGUGCAAUCGUACAUUCCCAUCUUUUCAAGCGUUAGGUGGACACAGGGCAAGUCACAAGAAGCCAAAGACAUUAUUAAACACUGAAUUUAACAAGAAACCAUAUUUCGAUUUCUCAGAUGAAGAUGAUUAUCAACAACAUUCACCAUCGACGACAACAUUAUACAACAAAAACAAGAAUAACAUCAACAAGAAUUUGCCAAAUUCUUCCAACAAGUACUACUCUUCUUCUCCUAGGAUUCAUGAAUGCUCAUAUUGUGGUGCUGAAUUUACCUCAGGACAAGCUUUAGGAGGUCACAUGAGACGCCAUCGCGGGGGCGCUAACGUAAAUUCACCCUUGCAUUUGAGCAAUUUAAGUCCUGCAACUUCUAUAGAUCAAGAAUUUGCUAACAAUAUUAUGAAGAAACAAAGAGAUGAGUUGUCUUUAGACCUUAAUCUUCCAGUCACAGAUGAUCCUGUUGUAUCUUUGAAGCAACAAGAUCAAGAACAAACACAAAGGCAACUUGUUGAUUGUCAUUAUUGAUUAUGCAGGUUCAUAUU